GUAUGCCUGAGCCUGCUGACAAAGGAGAGUCGCUGCUUCUUAAAGGUGGCGUGGUAGUCAACCAUGACUUAGCAAUCGUGGCGGACGUUCUCAUACAAAAUGGUGUGAUAAGGGACAUAGGAUCUGAUUUGUGUGUGCCAGAUGGGACAAGAAUAAUUGAUGUCACUGGCAAAUACAUACUUCCAGGAGGUGUCGACCUGGACUGUCACUUAACUGUGUCAUGCUUGGAAGAUCCUGUGGCCGACAGCUAUCUUUCGGGGUCGCAGAACGCGAUACUCGGUGGCACAACCACAAUAGUAAACACUGUUUAUACCGAACCCGACGCUUCGCUGGUGGACGCGUUUGAACAGUUUCUAGAAUCGGCCACCGGAAAAUUUGCCUGUGACUACGGUGUAUCUAUUCGACUAUCUCGUUUUGACCCGGAAAUCUCCGGCCAACUGAAGAAACUGGUCAAGGAUGAUGGUGUAUGUCUAGUACAAUUGCAGAUAGGCAGUGGGACUAGAUCGAACGAGCCAUGCCUCGGCGCUACGAGCGAUGACAACUUUUACAAAGCAUUGCGCUUCUGUCGUGAACAUGGUAUCCUCCCUGUGGUGCAUGCAGCUGCAGCCCCCUACUUCAGAAACUGCAUUACAUCUGAUAUUUUAUCGAGAUAUCCAGAGGUUGGUCCAGAGUUGCAUUAUCACAGUCAGCCAGAAAGGGGAGAAGUGGAUACUAUUUUGCGAGCUACUUCCCACGCUUUCCACAGCGGUCAGGUGUGUCCUAUGAUUGUGUCACGGAUCCACAGUACGGAGGCUUUGUUAUGCUUCUUGCAACAAAGGCGCAAUUGUCGAGGCCUUUUGUUCGGACAGACGACUGUUGGUGCGAUUGGUGCUCCCUUUUCGGCUUUCCAGACCCGUACGUCCGGUGAGAUAGAGUUCACUUCGUCGAAAGACUGGUCGGUGGCCGCCGGAUAUGUAAGCGAACCUCCCUUGCGCCCAGAUGUGGGACUAGGAGAAAAGUUACUCGUCCAACUAACAACGAACGAUCACCUUAUGGUUGGAUCUGGACAUUGUGCUGUGAGAACCGAUGUAAAAGCAGCCUUGGGUCUUAGAAGUAGUGACAAAAUCCCGAGGAGUAUGUGCGCAUUAGGUUGCCGGCUACCAGUGUUAUGGCACUGUGGUGUAGAAAAUCACGGUGGAUUGGACCCGUGCACCUUCGUUAGAGCCGUCAGUACAGAUCCAGCCAGACUGGCCAAUCUGUAUCCUCGCAAAGGUCGGAUAGCCGUUGGCAGUGACGCGGAUAUCGUUGUGUGGAGCAAAAUGGAUGAAUUGAAGGAGGAAGCUUAUGGAUUACUUCUACCUCAUGGUGUAUUCAACCUAUUCUCUGGACUGAAAUUGCGGUCUAGGCCACAAAUCGUGAUCCUACGUGGUAUCAUCAUGGUGGAAGAUGGUAAAAUUGUAGAUGCUGAAAACGGAUGUGGUGAGUACACUCCCUUGCGACCGUUUGGGCAUUUUGCCUUUGGUCGGCUUGAAGCAAUUGACAGAUGCCUGGCAGAGGACAAGCAGUCCAUUCAAAGAGAGUCUUACGAAUGUAAAUCAGAUAGCGGGAAGCAGGAACAUGGCGAAGACUUGGAGAGAAAGGAAUCUUAUUUCUUCAGGAAGGAGCAUUUCGACAAUGUACCCAAAGUGGUUCUACCCCCCGGGCAACGGCAGAUACACACCUCCGUGAAGACAGCUCAGCCACCGGGUGGCGCUUCGCACUCAUUUUGGUAA